AAAUCAAUGCAUUUGAGGGCUAACAAAUGAUUUAGAAACAAAAUUAAACAGAAAACAUUGUGUAUCAACAUUAUUUAUGGCAGGUCAUCAGGACCCAAAUCUCCUGCACCCAGCUGUGUGUCCAUGAAGAGUGAUCGGUCAAAGGGACAGGGCCCCCUCUUCAGUGGUGAAGACAUGGAUCCUGAUCGCAGGUCAUCAAGACCCAAAUCUCCUGCACCCAGCUGUGUGUCCAUGAAGAGUGAUCGGUCAAAGGGUCAGGGCCCCCUCUUCAGUGGUGAAGACAUGGACCCUGAUCGCAGCAUCCAGCAGGGGCAGCAAAGAGCUAGGCAAACACCAACAGAGGACUUGGCUGCCAUAUUUCAGAGGCUUGAGCAGCACAUCAUCACCUUCAUGAAGAAGGAACUCAAGAGACUGAGGAAGCUGCUGAGUCAUGAUUACCCAGAAUGCCCCAGUGUUGAGGAGGAAGAGGAGGAGAAUGAGGGCCAGAGAGGUGCCAGAGACGGAGCUCUGAGUAUUGCAGUGCACAUCCUGAGGGAGAUGAGCCAGGAGACCCUCGCUGAGCAGCUGGAGAAACAUGGGCUGUUUCCAAGAUGCCAACAAGAACUCAAACAUCGUCUUUCUAAGAAGUUCAAAAGUGUAUUUGAGGGCAUCCCAAGGCAGGGGGAAAGUGCAUCUCUGGAAAAGAUCUACACAGAGCUCUACAUCACAGAGGGGGAAUGUGUUGAGGUCAGUACUGAGCAUGAGGUCAGACAGAUUGAGAUAGCAUCCAAGGCACAAGUAACAAAGGCGGAAACACCAAUCAAAUACACUGACAUCUUCAAGGCCUUACCUGGAAAAGACAAACAAAUCAGAACAGUGAUGACGAAGGGGGUAGCUGGAAUUGGGAAGACAGUCUCUGUGCAGAAGUUCAUUCUGGACUGGGCUGAAGGAAAAGCCAAUCAGGAUAUUCACUUCCUGUUUCCUGUGCCUUUUCGGGAGAUAAACCUGAUGAAAGAAAAGGAAUACACUCUCAUGGAAUUCAUUCAUCACUUCUUCAGUGAAACGCGUGACCUCAUCUUCUCCAUUGAUGACAAAUACAACAUCGCCUUCAUCUUUGAUGGUCUGGAUGAAAGCAGGCGUCCUCUGGAUUUCCAGGAUAAUGAAUGCAUCUACAAUGUAUCGGAACCUGCCACAGUGGAUGUCCUUCUCACAAACCUCAUCAAGGGAAAUUUGCUUCCCUUUGUGCAAGUUUGGAUCACCUCUCGACCAGCAGCAUCCAGUCAGAUCCCUCCAGAGUGUGUGGACCAGGUGACAGAAGUGCGGGGUUUCACAGACCCACAGAAGGAGGAGUAUUUCAGGAAGAACAUCAAUGAACAAGAAAUGGCCAGCAGAAUCAUCACACACCUUAAGUCAUCCAGGAGCCUCUACAUCAUGUGCCACAUUCCAGUCUUCUGUUGGAUGGCAGCCACUGUUCUGGUUUCUAUCCUGACUGAAGGCAAGACGGAUCAGAUUCCAGUUUCCUUGACCCAGAUGUACAUACAUUUCCUGAUCAUACAUGCCAAGCACAUUAGUCAGAAGUACAAGGACAUCUGGAACCAGACGACCGUUUUGUCCUUGGCCCGAUUGGCCUUCCAGCAGCUGGAGAAGGGUAAUCUGAUCUUCUAUGAAGAGGACCUGAGAGAGUGUGGCAUGGAUUCCAAUAAGGCCAAAGAGGCCUCCGUAUACUCAGGAGUCUGCACCCAGAUCUUCAGGGAGGAGUCUGGGCUUUAUCAGCAGAAGGUGUUUUGCUUUGUUCAUCUGAGCAUUCAGGAGUUCCUUGCAGCUUUAUAUGUGUUUCUGAGCUUUAGCAUUAGAAAUACACCUCCCAGUCCCCAACCCUCUCAGUUUCAACAGCUGCUCAGCGCAAAGGAAUUCCAUGAGCUACACCAGACUGCUGUGGAUCUGGCCUUAGGGAACGAACAUGGACACCUGGACCUUUUCCUGAGGUUUCUUCUGGGCCUCUCACUGGAGUCCAAUCAGAAACUCUUACAUGAUCUCCUACCACAGAUAGGAAGCAGCUCACGGGACACAGAGAAAACAAUCAAGUACAUCAAGCAGAAGAUCACAGAAGAACGCAACCCAGAGAGAUGCAUCAACCUGUUCCACUGCCUGAAUGAACUGAAUGACCACUCUCUGGUAGAGGAGGUCCGGGGGUACCUGCAUAGGGGAAAUAGACACAAUAAAGAGCUCUCUCUUUCCCAGCUGUCAGCUCUGGCCUUUGUGAUGCUCGUGUCAGACCAGGACGUGGAGGAGUUUAAUCUGUGGGAUUAUGGAUCUAAUGCCAGAUCAGAUGCAGGUCUGCUGAGGAUGCUGCCAGUGGUCAAAAUAUCAAGAACAGUGAAGCUGGAGAAUUGUAACCUCACAAAGUUGAGCUGUUCAUCUCUAGCUUCAGCUCUCAGCUCAAAGCCUUCCAGUCUGAGACAGCUGUACCUGAAUGGGAAUAUGCAACUGGGUGAUUCAGGAGUGAAGCUGCUGUCUACUGGAUUGGAGCAUCCAAACUGUAGACUGGAGACACUGAAACUUAAUGAUUGCAGUAUAACAGAAGAGAGCUGUGCUGCCCUUACUUCAGCUCUGAUCUCAAAUCCCUCAUCACACCUGAUAAAGCUGCAUCUGAGUAGUAAUACACUAGGAGACUCUGGAGUGAAGCAGCUCUCUGAUCUACUCAGGAAUCCAGACUGUAAACUACAGGCACUUAAGCUUAUUUACUGCAGUAUAACAGCAGAGGGCUGUGCUGCUCUGGCUUCAGGUCUGACAUCAAACCCCUCAUCACACCUGGUGGAGCUGACUCUGGAUCAUAAUGAAGUAGGAGACUCUGGGGCAAAGCAGCUCUCUGAUCUACUCAGGAAGCCAGACUGUAAACUACAGGCACUUAGGCUUAGGCGGUGCAGUAUAACAGCAGAGGGCUGUGCUGCUCUGGCUUCAGCUCUGGCAUCAAACCCCUCAUCACACCUGUCAGAGCUGCAUCUGGAUAAUAAUGAACUAGAAGCCUCAGCAAUGCAGCAGAUCUCUGCUCUGGUGAAAGAUCCAAAAUCCAAAAGGAAGUCAUGUGAGUAA